AGAGAGAGAGAGAGAGAGAGAGAGAGAGAGAGAGGGGUUGGGAGGGGGGAGGAAGUGGGAGGUUGUGGUUUCGCGUCUGCGCGCGCGCGCUACGUAUGAUUUGCUUGUUUUUGUUGAACGAGAGCUGGCCUGGUUGGUAGGCGGCUGAGAGAAAGAGCGGGGACUUUGUUAGCCGUUGAGGCCGGCGCGCGCGUUUGUGUGGAUCUGCGCGCGCACGCGCGGCGUCGGCUGGUGUCGGUUCCUUACCUCAGCCUUGUGUCACGCGCUCCUUUUCCCCGCGCCUCCGCCCACCCCUUACCCACCCGCGCUCUUGGUCUCGCCCGUUUCCCUCGCGUCGCUGCUGCUGCUGCUGCUGCUUCUACUUCUACUUCUAGUCUGGUGCGGGCAGGACCAUGGCGGAUGUGAGUAGUCAAGAGAACGCGGAGGGGGGAAUUCUCGGCCCGUUUACAUGACUAUCCGCCGGGCUGAGGCGGUGGGUCUGUCGGGGCAGAACCGCGGGAGGGGACGGUUGGUCCAAGAAAAUAGUGGCUGUUGGGUUUAUUUUACUUUAUUUUUUUGCUGCUAGGUAAAGUUGAGGUGACUAGGUUGAGGGGAUUUGAGGUAGAGCCUGUGGGGCGCCGGAAAAGCCGCACGAAUAUCCCCCAGCCCAACUCCUUCACAGGUGGGGAGUCUUCCUCAGGUGGCCCUGCUUGUGGCACAGCAGACGCCCUUCUUGGGUGUGCCUUGGCUUUCCCCUUUUUUAAACUUUUUAAGAGAGAGAUGAAAAUCGACAUUGUGCCUAUUAGGUUCAGUCUCUUGGUAAGGGCCUCAAUAACGUCAAUUAAUGUGUCUGGGCUGCACAGUUCCACAACAACUCCCCAGUUUAUCAUUGUUUUGGGUCCUUGGUUUUCGACUUCUGAUGUUUGGCCGUCACUUGACAACAUUCUCUGACCCUGGAAAUAAGGAGGCAAACUAUCACUUUAAGGAGGGCCCUGUUCUGUAGAAGUUUGUGAAAAUGGCAUCUUUUCUGUGCUCCUUUCCCUUUCCAGCAGGACACCAGGGCUCCAUUAAUAAGUGAAACCAGAAGGCGCUUUGAGGCAGAAUAUCUACAAGGUUGGUGCAGUACCCAAACAUUUUAUUUGUAUCCCACACUUUAAGCAGAGGCUUGACAACCAUAUGUCAGGAGUGCUCUGAUGGUGUUUCCUGCUUGGCAGGGGGUUGGACUCGAUGGCCCGUGUGGUCUCUUCCAACUCUAUGAUUCUAUGACUUACUUGCUUUUAUUUGUUAGCAAUCCAUGAAACUAGUUAAUAGGUGUAUGUUGGUUGUCUUCCUAAUAAACACACCCAGUUCAAUAUAUUCUUCACUGUGGUGAUCCUACCCAUUAAUGCAUCAUUGUUUCUGCCUGAAUCAGCCUUGACUUUCCAUCACAUACUUAGGAAUUUGUAGCCUAACUAAAAGCUACCUUCUUCUGACUAAACACUUGAAGGAUUGGGCUGUUAUGAAGUAAGUCCUGAUGAUUUUCCAAGCGAAGUUACAGGGAACCAGGCAGAGGGCCUUCUCAGUAGUGGCACCUGCCUCGUGGAAUGCCCUCCCAUCAGAUGUCAAGGAAGUAAACAACUAUCUGACUUUUAGAAGACAUGUGAAGGCAGCCCUGUUUAGCAAAGUUUUUAAUAUUUGAAGUUUUAUUCUGCUUUAGUGUUCUGUUGGGAGCCGCCCAGAGUGGCUGGGGAAACCCAGCCAGAUGGGUGGGGUAUAAAUAAUAAAAUUAUUAUUAUUAUAGUUGUGUGAACUUCUGGUGCUGUGUGCAUUGCUCAGUGAAUUAAAUCAAAAGAUGCAUUAGUCAGGGAACACUUUUUCUCACUCCUCUCAGAUUGUUCCCUUUUCUGAUCAUGAGCUAGUGCAGAGCUUUCCAAACUGUGUGUCACAACACCUUAGUGUGUAGGUGUGUUGCAUGAACACUCCUUGUGCUCCUCCUGGGGCUGGAAAUGGUUUAACCUCUGGUUUGCUAGUAAACUGAAUUACUUUUGUUGCAAAAUGAUGCAUGUCUAAAAGUGUGUUGCCAACAUGAAAAGUUUGGAAAGCUCUGAGUUAGUGUUUUUUUAAAAAAAUCCACAAACCAGUUACACAAUCCUGCUACAUUUUAAGGACAUUUCCCUACCUGUAAGCAUUUUUGGUGCACCAAAUGCAAACUUAACAAGCUUUUAAUGACUUUUCCUGGUUUAUCUUGGUCAUUGAGGCUGUGCUCCAUACUACAGCUCCUGAUAGCAGCCGUCUCCAGCCUGGUAGGCCUAUUUACCAACAUUUCUGUGACUUGUUUGACACCUUACUAGGCCACAGUUGCCUUGUGGGCCUUGUCAAAAGGCAGGGUGCACAUACUAACAUAUAUAUUUUUAAUGUUUUGUAGACACUUGGAAAUAAAAUAUAUAAAGCAGAAAUAACAUGUCUUCAUUAUCCCAACACGUUCUCUUAAAAUUGUAGUAUUCCUGCUCAGACUGUUAGGAAACAUAUGUAUGUGUCAGUUUUUAAAUCUGGUCAUAUUUUCUAAUGCCAUUCUUAUUUUAUUGACCAGCAAAAACAGAUAAAUAUGAUUCUAGAGAUACAGAGAGACUACAGCAAGAUGAUACCUGGGUUGAUAAUUUUCUGAUAUGGCGAGAUGAUAAUGUGGACGAUACAUUAAAGAUGAUUGAUGAAAGCUUUCAGUGGAGAAAAGAGUAUGCAGUUCACGGUAAGAUGUUUGGUAUCUAAUUGUAAAAGCAGUUGCUUUUCAAACUGCAUUGCUGCUUGUUCCACAUGCACCUCUACUUGAUAGUUUUGUCCCUGCACUUCUAGGGUGAGUUGUUAAUAAUAUAGUUAAACCCCAAAAGCAGCCUUUGAGUAAAGACAUUACGUUCUAUACUGACAAAAUACUGCAAGUAAAUAGCAGCAAAGGAGAGCUGGUGUUUAAUUAGUAUGUAUACAAUUGUGUGCAUCCCUCCAAAGUCAACUACAGUAUAUAGAAAUAUUACUGCCCUAAAUUAUGCGGGCACACACUGUUCCACAGACAAACUCUCUGCUUGAGAAUAAUGCCUGAUGUUUAGUUGUUUUUCAUCACUUCAUGGGAUUAUUUUGCUAUUUCUAUCUGUACAACAAUGAUUUAUUCACUGACAAGGGCAGUCUUCAUACAGCAUCCAGGAACCAAAAUAUUUAUUCUUGGUCUGACAGUUUAUUGGUGCUGCCCUUGUGCGUUCAGUCUAUCGGGGGUUCCUACUCUGUCAUAAGUGAGAAGAGGUUCCCUAAAAUGCUUUAAAUUAAAUAUUACCCCUAACUCUUUUCCAGGCUUCAAUAACUUGUCUUAGAACCCUGCCGUUCCCUAUUACCGGAUAAUCAAUACAAUAUGCUAUGUUGGAGUUAUAAUGCUGUGUUUCGAUUGAAAAAAAAAACUGCCCCGCCCCCAAGUCUUCCUUUAGAACUUCAGGAUUUUGUUACAGUAUACUUAUAUGUGCUUAUAAAAAUCUUGCUUUUCUGUAGACUUGACAGAAUCUUCACUUCCAAAGCGGUUCUUUGAACCUGGUGCCAUUUACCUACAUGGUUAUGAUAAGGAAGGCUAUAAAAUCUGUAAGUCUGCCUGUUCAUCUGCUUACUCAUUUACAAGUAAUGCAAAUGUAAUUAUGGUUUCAGAGUGAAGAGAACUAAACUUUAUGAUAAUAUAUACCGUAACAGGUUAUUGGCAUCUGUAUUUGAGAAGUAAUAAAACAAUACUGAGGCCAUAUCACAGGGAGGUAGCUAUUAGGCAGUCUUGUAUUUAAUGAAGGCAUGCAGGGUGUAAACAUUUACUUCAUUAGCCCUUCAUUUUAGGAGACACAUCUUCAGUAUCACAUGAAACUAACUAUGCUCAAGCAUAUUCUGUUCAAAAGUGCUUAUGUGUCUUUCCUCUUCCUCAGUAUAGCUUCUUGAAAUUUGACUGAUUUUGUACACUGAUUGCUAAUUCUUCCACCUUUUGAAGAAAACCUUUGGUGGUUUCAAUUUUUCAACAUAGUGGAUGCCUUAGGAAGGCAUCUGAUGGUGCAACCCAAUUCCAUUGGAAUAAAUAAAUGUGUCUUUAUUGAAUGGGACAAAGAUUAGUGGGGUAAGAUAGCUGGAAAUAAUGGCAAUCUAUUUCACAUCUGGCAACCAAUGCACCCCUUAGAUUUCAGAUAGUACAUGGGUAGAUGAGUCUAAAACGCUGAGGACACACAGUUCAUGGUCCUCUAGCAGCUAUGGUGGCUCAUCUACCAGAAGUAAUUUAUUUAUUGUAAACUGGAAGUGUAUACUCUAGUCUAACCAAACUAGGAGGUUCCCCUGUCCAUGUACUAUCUGAAACCAAAGGGGCACAUUGGUUGCCAGGUUUAAAAAAAAAAUCAGCUCAACUACCUCACUAGAUUGUUCUCUUAGGUCCGUAGCCCUAUUCUUCUCCAUGGGUCUCGCUUCUGAGUAGACAUGUUUAUGAUUUUACAGUAGAUUAUCUUUGUUUCGUUAAGAAAAUUAUAUUUGAGCAAACCAUAUAUAAGUGGAUUUUAAAAUCCCUUCCUAAAAGGACUCGCUCAACAUGAAGACAUAUUUUAUAUCUUGCAUUCAUGCUUUAGAGCAUGUAGGAGGAGGCAAAAAUAUAGAUUCACAUUUUUCUUUAUAAUGUCUUUCUUCUGUCAUUUUAAAAAAAUCUUCCAGGGCUUUAAAAUUAAAUGCAGUGAACAAAACUGUAUUAUAACUAAUUCAUGAUAAAUAAAAAUGUGUGUACCUUAGAAAAUAAGAAUAUCUCCUUUACUUAGGAGAUAGAAAGUUCAAGAAUAAGGGCAUAAGCCAACCCGUGGGAGGGGGUGAGUUGAAUUGUAUAGAGGUGAUGCUUUGCUUAGUCAUUCUGGCCUGCAUCUUUUAUGUGUGUAGGUUGAAGUUUGAAGCAGCAUUACAUUGGAACACACCUCUCAGCCUGAUUGCUAUGCCAAUUGAAGGCUGCCUUAUCAAUUUGCCCCACGCCCCCUCUAUCUACGACUCUCACAGAUGUGGCAGGGCUGUGGAUAAGGUGGUUGCCUCACUUCUCUGCUAAAGCCCCAUGGGGCAGCAUCAAGUGUCUGGGUUGUGUCAUAAGUAGCUAUUAGGCAAACAUGCAUGUUUAUUUGUGUUUCUCCCACCCCACUCCAUUAGUUUGGUUCAGGGUGAAACUUCAUGUAAAAGAUUCUAAAACUCAAUUUGAAAAGAAGAAGCUAGUAGCCUUUUGGUUGGAACGCUAUGCCAGACGAGAACACGGAAAACCUUUGACAGUGGUAUUUGACAUGGCUGAAACUGGAAUUAGUAACAUAGUAAGUAUGCAUAUUACUGUUUUCCUGUUGAUGUGUCUUAAACAAAACAUUUCCAGUUGGAAAGUUAUAUAGUCAUACCUCGGGUUGAAGUAGCUUUGGGAUAAGUAUUUUCGGGUUGCGCGCUGCAGCGACCCGGAAGUAACAGAGCACGUUACUUCCGGGUUUCACUGCAUGCGCAGAGGGUCAAAAUGGCGUCAUGCGCAGAAGCAGCAAAUCGCGACCCACGCAGAUGCAGGUUGCGUUCGCUUCUGGAUGCGAACGGGGCUCCGGAACGGAUCCCAUUCGCAUCCAGAGGUAGCACUGUACUGCCUUUAUGAAGCCUUUUAUAAUGGAGUACUUAGAUUUAAAUUAUUUGCCUUUCAGCAUAAAUCUAACUUCUGGAUUGACUUGUUUAUGAAUCACAGCCAAAGCCAGCUGUUUAAUAAGAACUAGGCUGAAUCUACUAUUUACUUAAUUAGUAGUAGAAAGUGCUGCGAUCAUACAUUCUGUUUUGCAGCAAAGUUCCACUAAUUUUUAUAGGUUUUAGGGCCUGUUCUCUCAACAGUCUCAGAACUCUUAACCAUUAAAAAUAAAGGCCUUGACGUCUUUUAUCCAUGUAAACCUUGUUAAGACUGCCAGAUGCUUCCUGAUACCACAUAUAAGAUUUAGCCUGGAUUUUCUUACGCUGUCUCACCACAGAUGAUACCAUCUCACAGAAGUAUUUGUCAGGCCUCUAUGUAUAAAGUAACCCUUUAAACUGGCCUGUAUGUGUCGCUCCAAGCCAGUUUGCAUAUAUUUUAUAGGGUUACUUCAGAAUCAGCUUGAUAUACAGUGGUACCUUAGUUUACGAACUUAAUCCGUUUUGGAAGUCUGUUCUUAAACCAAAACCGUUCUUAAACCGAGGUGCACUUUCCCUAAUGAGGCUUCCCGCAGCUGGUGCCCUUCCACCAGUUGGAUUCCGUUCUUAGACCGAGGCAAAGUUCUCAAACCAAGACACUAUUUCCAGUUUUGCAGAGCUUGUAAACCAAAUCAUUCUUAAACCGGACUGUUCUUAAACCGAGGUACCACUGUAUUUUUGAAUAAGGUGAGAUAUUCCAAAAUUAAAAACGUUGAAGCACCUUCAGCACUGGAGCUGUUGAACAGAACUUUCUUGACGUUUUCUGAAAGCUAUAAGUAGAGUUUAAUCUUUUGUUAAUUGGUAAUACAUCUUUAUUUUAGGAUAUGGAUUUUGUCCGAUACAUCAUCAACUGCUUUAAAGUUUAUUACCCUAAUUACCUCAGUAAGUAUGAUAAUAGCAUUUAUAUUAUACUAUAGAUUUAGAAAAUAAAUGAAAAACAAGAGUUUCUCAAAUCUGAGGGUAGUAUCAGCCAUAGUACAAGCUGGUUCCUGAAAAUGGAAGUUUGGAAACAAAGUGGUAGUGUGAAGAAUUCAUAGAAAUCUGAGGUAUAUUUUGAGAUGUUCAGUGGAUUCGAGCCUCAUGCUGUUUUUCUCCCUGCCCCUGCCUAAAUAUUUUGUCUGCAAAAUGGUUUACAGUAGGCAUAAAAUAGAUUGAUCCUAGGAUAUAAGUGGCACUUUUUUUUAUAGCAGCAGAAAAUAAUUCUUCACAACUGCCAUGUUCACAGUAUAGUUCUUUUCACAAUUUGUCACAAUUGGGAGGUUUCACUAUCCAAUUACUUCAGACAGUCUAAUACUCAAUUAAUUAACAAGGCCUUUCACAGAGCAGCUAUUGAAUUGAGUUUUGUAAUUGUCCCCCUCAUAAAUAUUUUUUAAAGUAUUUCUAUAUGUAUUAGGUAAAUCAUACUAGGGAGUAAAGAAUGAACUAGGUACACUGGGGCUUUUCCUGUCCCCCUUCCCAAUAUAGUUUCUGGUAUCCUGAAAUCCACUCCAGGGAGUACAGUUGAAUCUAGGGAAAGGCAGCCAGGGGUAGCGGUGGGCAGGCAGCACACCUGUGAGUGCAAAGAUGCAUUUACCAUUUAUUUUUAUCUUUAGACUUCAGCCAAUUAACCUGGGAGCAGACACAGAUAGGAUUGGGCUUUCAAUGUAGUCUUUCAAAGUUUUGAUGACUCCAUUUUAUUUUAAAUGUUUUUAUUAGCUUUUGUGUUUGAUUUCUCAAAUACAGCUGUUAGGGAAAGCAUUCUGCUCGUAUCUUUAUAAUUUACUUUUAUAUCCCUUUACAGACUAAUGUAUCGAUGAUAAAUUUUCAGUUAUUUUGCUUGUAACUAAGGUGACUCCCACACCAAGAAAUCUAAACUCUGGCCUAUUUUCCACUGAAUAAUGUAUUUAAAUUACACAUUCAGAAUUGCUAAUUUAUGUAGUGAAGAAAAUGAAGAGGGGAGUUUAACAGGACAACAAAUAAAGUGUUUUCAUUUCAUAGGAAAUUUGACAGUGCUAAAAUGCUAUAUUAACCACAAAAACCCUCUUCUAUUGUUCAUGCAGCAAAAAUUGUGAUCUUUGAACUGCCCUGGAUAAUGAAUGGUAAGUUAAAAUUUUAACUUGUUUUAUCUGGAAGGAUUGUUACUGAAAUUUAUAUUUUAUGCAAAUCCCUUAUUAUUGUUGACAGGGGAAUUUUUAUAUGAUUCUAAUGUUUUUGUACAGUGUAUCUUGUGUCUUAUUUUUACCUGUCCCAAACAUUCAGGGAAGGCAAUGACCGCUUAAAAAAAAAAAAUUAGCAAUCAAAUACCAUCUAAAAUAUAUUUGCUUCCAAUAUUUGCUAACAAAACUAAUGGGAAGUAAGUUGUGAUUGUGGUUUGUGUAAACAAAAUAGUAGAACUCUUUUCAAACUAUCUUCCCUUUUCUUACCCAGCUGCUUUUAAAAUUGUGAAAAGUUGGCUGGGUCCGGAAGCAGUGGGUUUGCUGAAGUUGACUAAUAAGAAUGAAAUCCAGGAGUAUAUCAGUGCUGAAUAUCUUCCACCCUAUAUGGGUGGAACUGUAAGUAUAUUGCUGCUGAACUUAAUGUUUGUAUUAUGUUGUGAAGGGAAAGUAUAAUAAAUAUAUAGACUACACAGUUUUGGAAUUAAGUAAACAAUUAUAAUACAUUUGUUUUUAAUGACUAAUUUGUGUUCUACUGUUUUGUUACUAAUUUCUGCUUUUAGCUAUUUUUCCAAUGGUCUUUUUCUGUGUACUAUGAUUGUUUUGAUUGGUUUUCUGUCUUGUAAUUAUGACCCUCUUUGGGGACUGUGAAGUUGCAAUUCAGCAUAUAAAUAAUUACUGUUUUUAAUUCUGUAGUCUUCACGGUCAUCAAACCACCUGCUUCCAGAGUAGCAGUAGUAUUGUUCUAGAGCAGGGAUGAUUUUUUUGGCUUCUCAGAUGGAUUACGCCUCCUAGGGCUUUCAAUCCAGUCUGUAGUGUCAUCUUUGAGACCUUCUGCUUCCUGGGAGGGCAGACUUUCAGGCUGUCAUUAAAGUGAAUAAUGACUUAUCACUCAGCAGUGGAAGCUAUCAUACAAUCUUCUGAUACUCACAUUAAUCAUAUUCCUGCUAUGGGUUGUAACUUGAGUUUUAGAUAUUUUAAUUCCAUUAAACAGCAACCAUAAUUUGUUAAAAGGCAUCCUGCGCAGAAAAUGCUGGAAAUGUGGUCUGAACACCAUUUCCCACCCAUCAGUAAGAUUUGUGAGAUAACAGAAUUGCUGAAUUAAUGCAGAUUAACUGGGCAUUAACCAGGUUGUAUACCCAAUGAUACACUAAUACUUUGUUUUUUUUUUUUUUAAAGCAAUUUAUUGGAUUUUACAAUAGGAAUAAAUGUAAUAAACAAUAUAACAUUCAUCUUAACAUAAUUUCACAUUUUCUUUGGACUUCCUCACAUCUCCCGCUCCCACCUUCAUCAUUAUAACAUUUUGUCAGCAAUUUAUCAUCUUAUUUAAAUUCUUAUAUCUCUUCGAUAUUUCAUAAUCUUAUAGUUCUCAUAAAGAGUUAAACUUUCACAGUUUUUCUUAUUUUCUUAAAAACUUCUAAGUUAAGUGGUGCUCAGUUAUUUAGUCUAGCAUCUUAUUCAGCAUUCAGUCAAAUCACAAUGUUUUUGUAGGUAGUUCUUAAAUUUCUUCCAAUCCUCCUCGAUUCUCUCUUCUCCCAGGUCACGGAUUCUGCCAGUCAUUUCAGCCAGUUGCAUAUAGUCUAUCAGUUGCAUCUGCCAUUCUUCCAGUGUGGGUAGAUCUUGAGUUUUCCAAUGUUUUGCGAGUAGUAUCCUUGCUGCUGUUGUUGCAUACAUAAAAAUGUCUGGUCCUUCUUUGCCACCCCUUGGCUGACAAUACCCAAAAGGAAAGCCUCUGGUUUCUUAGUGAAAGUAUAUUUAAAUACCUUUUUCAAUUCAUUAUAAAUCAUUUCCCAGAACGCCUUCACUUUAGGGCAGGUCCACCAGAGGUGAAAGAACGUUCCUUCACACUCUUUACAUUUCCAGCACUUGUUAUCAGACAGGUGGUAAAUUUUUGCGAGUUUGACUGGGGUCAUAUACCAUCUAUAAAUCAUUUUCAUUACAUUUUCUUUCAGAGCAUUACAUGCAGUAAAUUUCAAUCCAUUACUCCACAGCCUUUCCCAGUCCUCAAACAUAAUAUUAUGCCCAAUAUCCUGUGCCCACCUUAUCAUAGCCGAUUUAACCAUUUCAUCUUGUGUAUUCCAUUCCAACAGCAAGUUAUACAUCCUUGAAAGUAUCUUAAUCUUUGGUUCUAACAAUUCUGUUUCUAAUUUCGAUUUCUCCACCUGGAACCCUAGUUUCUUAUCAUUUUUAAAAACUUCUUUAAUCUGAGCAUAAUGUAACCAAUCUCGCACUUUGUCUUUCAUUUUCUCCAAACUCUGCAAUUUCCAAUUGUCUCCAUCUGUUUCUAGUAUUUCCCAAUAUUUUGGCCAGUUGGCCUCCAUAGUGGGUCUUUUUCGGGCCUUAGCUUCCAAAGGUGAAAGCCACCUUGGUGUUUUAUUUUCCAGCAAGUCUUUAUAUUUUGUCCAGACAUUAAACAGUGAUUUUCUAACAAUAUGGUUCUUGAAGGCCUUAUUUGCUUUUACUUUGUCAUACCAUAAAUAUGCAUGCCAUCCAAAAACAUUGUUAAACCCUUCCAAAUCCAACACAUCAGUGUCUUCAAGAAGUAGCCAAUCUUUUAGCCAGCAGAACGCUGCGGCUCGUAAUACAACUUUAAGUCCGGCAGGGCAAAGCCCCUCUUUGUUUUGCAUCAGUUAGUAUCUUAAACUUAAUUCUGGGCUUUUUGCCCUGCCAGACAAACUUCGAAAUGUCUCUCUGCCACUUCUGAAAGCACUCCAUUUUGUCCAAAACCUGAAGUGUUUGAAAUAAAAACAACAUUCUUGGCAAUACAUUCAUCUUAAUCGCAGCAAUUCGGCCUAACAAAGAAAGUUUCAAUUUUGACCAACUGUCUAAGUCUCUCUUAAUUUCUGUCCAACAUUUUUCAUAAUUAUCCUUAAAUAGACUUAGAUUUUUGCUGUUAUGUUUACCCCUAGGUAUUUUACUUUUUAACCACAUUAAGUUCCGUCUCAUUCUGAAACCGUUCUGACUCUGUCUCAGUCAAAUUUUUCCCAAAACCUUGGUUUUCUGUUUAUUUAAUUUAAAUCCCGCCACCCGACCAAAGUCAUUAAUCAAUUGUAAUACUCUUUUCGUACUAGGCUCUGGCUUCUGCAAGGUCAAAACCAGGUCAUCUGCAAAAGCUUUUAGUUUAUAUUGUUUCUGACCAACCUGAAUUCCUUCCACCAACUGGUCCCCUCUAAUCAUGUUCAAUAGCACUUCCAGAACCGAAAUAAAUAACAAAGGGGAGAUAGGGCAACCUUGUCGUGUCCCUUUUUCAAUUUUGAACUCUUCUGUAACCACAUUAUUAACUAUCAGUUUAGCUUUCUGUUCUGAAUAUAUCGCCUCAAUCCCAUUCUCAAAACCCCGUCCCACUCCCAUCUCUUUUAAGUUUCCCAUCAUAAAUUUCCAAGAAAUAUUAUCAAAGGCCUUCUCCGCAUCUAUAAAAAUUAAAACUGCUUUUGUAUUUAUGUCAGUUUGGAGAAGUUCCAAGAUAUCAAUAAUGUUCCUUGUGUUAGCAAACAGAUGUCUACCUGGGAGAAAACCGGCCUGGUCCUUAUGAAUUACUUCAUUUAAAACUUUUUAAAUCUACUGGCCAAAAUAUCUGCAAAUAUUUUGUAAUCCACAUUUAAAAGGGAGAUGGGACGGUAGUUCUUCAGUUGUGUCUUUUCAGUUUCUGACUUUGGUAUCAAUGUGAUAAACGCUUCCUUCCACGAAUCCGGUGCCCUCUUCCCUCCAUAAUUUCAUUGCUAACCUCCAUCAAGGGUUGUAUCAAAUAGUCUUUUAGUGUCUUAUAAUACUUGGAGGUCAGCCCGUCUGGCCCUGGAGAUUUGCCAAGUUGCAUGUUCUGAAUAGCUUGUUCAAUCUCCUGUCGUGUUAUUUUAGAGUUCAGGGUUGUCCUAUUUUCUUGUGACAGUUUAGAUAAUCCAUUUUUGGCAAAAAAUGGAAUUAUCGCGACUUCGUCGUGCGGCCCUUGGGUAUAUAGUUUUUUAAAAUAUCUCUGGAAACACUUUCUAAUGUCCACUGGAUUCUGAAUGUUUCUUCCAUCGACCUCUAAAUUUGUAACCGUAUUUAGUCUUUGUCUUCUCUUCAACUGCCAAGAUAGCAGUUUUCCACAUUUAUUCGCCGACUCAAACGUUUUUGUUUCAUUAAUUUAAUCUUCCAUUCAAUUUCCUGAUUUAUCAAUUUAGAAUAUUGUGUUUGAUACAGUUUAAUUUCUCUCAGAGUUGGCUGUGACUUUGGAUUCACUCUUAAUUUCUUCUCUAAUUCUUUUAUUUUAUCCAAAAUCUUGUCUUUUUUCUCAUUUUGUGUUUUUUUCUUUACUACAUUCUGUUGUAUCAGGAAUCCCCUCAUGACAGCUUUGCUUGCGUCCCAGACGAUUCUUUUUUCCACCGAAUUAUUCAUGUUUAUCUCGAAAUAGUCUUUCAAAACUUUUUGGGCCUUCUUGGUAAUUUCCUGGUCUCUAAACAAAUUGUCAUUCAUCUUCCAUCUAAAGGAUCCAGUUGGUAGUAGUGUCAUAUCCAUCUUUACUGCGUUGUGGUCAGAGCAGGUCUUUGGGCAGAUUUCCACUUUUCUAACCCUAGGUGCCAGGCCUCUAGAGAUCCAUAUUUGGUCGAUUCUUGUCCAGGUCAGUUGGGCUUCAGAAAAGAAUGUUCCUUCUCUACCUAGUGGGUUCUUUGUUCUCCAAAUGUCGAUCAAGUCCAUAUUGUCAGUCAUUUCAAAAAAGGUUUUAGGUAGUCUUCCAUCUUUUGUGACAUUUUGACUUUGCGACUUGUCCAUGUUAGUUGACACGACCCCGUUCAUGUCUCCCAUCAUUAUGAUGUUGUUGUAAUCCAGAUGAUCCAGCAUUGUCCCCUGCAACUUCUUGUAAAAUUCCGAUUUCCCUUCAUUGGGCGCAUAGAUUCCUAAUAUCAGCAGUUUCUCUCCUUGAUAUUGUAUCUCAAUAGCCAAAAUCCUUCCAUGUUCAUCUUUAAAUAGAAAUUUAGGUGACAGGCUCUCUUUUGCAUAUAUCACCACUCCUCUCUUCUUCACUUUGUCCGACGAAAUAAAUUCCUGGCCCAAUCUUUUAUUUAUUAACACUUUUCUGUGGAGCCUCGUCACAUGUGUUUCUUGUAAACAGAUAAUGUCCAAUUGUUCUUUUUUUAAUAUAUGAAAUAUUUUCUUCCUUUUCUCCGGAAUGUUGCAACCAUUAAUGUUCCAGCUCAACAGUUGCAGAGACAUCCUGGAUCUGUCUGGUUAUUUCUCCCGGGGUGGUGUCUUCUCUGGAUCUUCAAGUUCCCCAGGUGCAGGUAUUGAUGCUGGCUUUGCCCCAGGCCCGGAAGGUAGUUCAAUUCCUUUAUGUAGGUCCUCUCCGUAUGUAGCCAGAAAUUUAUCUCUCUCUUCCAAUGUUCUAAUUUUGACCUUUCUCGCUCUAAAGGUAAAAGAUAAUCCUUGGGGAAAUUCCCACCUGAAUGGAAUUGCGUUGCUCCUUAAUAGUUUAGCAAGUUCAGAGUAGGCGGCUCUGAGAUCCAACAGUUGUCUUGGAAUAUCUUUAUAUAUCUCAAUUCUUCUAUCCAAAACCUCCAGUGACUUUUCGUAAUGUAGACCCAAAAUCUUAUCCCUUUCCUCCUUCGAUCUCAAUGUAAUCAAACAAUCCCUGGGCCUCUCCUUCUUUAUAAAUCUUCCAAGUCUGAAAGCUGACACAAUUUUAAAGUCCUUUUCUUCCAAAUUCCAGAACUUGGAAAGUUCUUUGGUCAAAAACUCAGUUAGAUUUCCUUCUUCUGCCUCUUGUAAUGAUCUAAUCCUCAAAUUAUUCUCACGAUUUCGCAGUUCUAUCAUAGAAAGAUAAGUCUGAUGUUCCCCAACUUGUUUAGUGAGUGGUCUUACCUCUUGCUCUAAAUUUUCCAAUUUUUGUCUGGUAUCCUCAGCCAAUUUUCGGUUUUCUACUGAGGCCUCCGUUAACUGUCCAAUUGCUUGUGUAUUCUGUCCCACCUGUGUAGUUAAUUUGUUUAGACAAUCUGUAUUUUUAUCAAUCUUUGCUGAUUGCGCAUCUACUUUCUUGUCCAAAGCUUCCAAUUUUUCAAAGAUUUUUUCUAGCACAGAAACAGAUGCUCCUGAGGCCAUAUCUUCCAAUUGUAACUGCUCUGCUUCACCCUCUCCCUCUUUUGCCUGUGGCAAGGCAGCUUCUUCAAGUUGUACUUCUGAGGGCAAAGUAGGCACAGAUGAUCUACGUGUCUGCGAGGCUGAGGUUAGAGUUGUUAGAGUUGUUUGUCUGACUCUUCCUCUUCUUCUUGUACCACUCAUUCCAAUGUUAUCUAUCAGUCAAGGUCACACUGAGUUUUUCCCACAGGAAUAGAAAGGCCCAGAGCAAGCAAACAACAAGGGAAUCGAAAGUAAAUGUAUUUGUAAAGUCACUGUUUUAAUCCAAUCCUCUAGAGGGAGCUUAAGAUGUCUUUCAGAGUCUGAUUUAAUGUCCCAGAACCUUCCAAUAUAAGUAUUAAGCAGAGUUUAAAAGUAAUCACUUUGUUGCAGACAGUGCUUAUUUGUCUCCAAAAAGAAUGUUUCAAAUUUAAAAGGUCUCAAUACCCUCAGAUUGUUGCAAAUUCUAAUAUACAGUAUCCAAAUCAACACUGACAGCUCGCUCUUACAGUGCUCAAGCAAUCCUGACUCUGGGUUUCACCUUCCAAUUUGUAAUCCAAUAAAAGGGGGAAAGUCAAGUGCAAAUAAAAGAUCCAAAUCUUUAGCUUACUGGUUUUACUUUAAAUUGUAAGUUCCAUAGAUGCUUGGCUGUGUAGAGUUUAAAAUCUCUUUCUUUCAGCCUCCACUCCUCCGCCUUAGUUGCUUUUUUUUUUCAAGUUCAAUGGCUGCGGAAGACGGACUUCCUGUUUCCACGUCUCUCCGCUUUCAGCCAAGUUCAAGCCGAAUUAAACCUUCUCAUUUAAAAUUUGUAAUUCCAAGUGAUUCAGUCUUUACUCACGAAUAAGUUGUUUUCUUCCAGGUCCGAAUUUUAACAGGAAAAGGGAUCAGCGCUCACCGGCAGCAGCAGCGCGGCUUCACUCCGCUGACUGUGAAACGGCUCUCAGCGCCGCAACCCCCCUCCACGCUCCGGAGCCCCUUACGAGGCUCCUUCUGCGGUUGGAGGGCUGCUCGUGGCGCCCGCCGAGCCUCAGGACCCCAGGCUCUUGCUGCCUGGGGUUUUCCUCGUUGGGUCUCCGCUUCGCCGUAGCGGACGACCCGAUUUCAGCGGAGCUUCCUCUCCCGUCGGGAGAAGACCGCCAUUGCCGUUCGCGCCGCCCCCCGGAAGUCUGAUACACUAAUACUUUGAUUUGCUUAUAUUCUUACGUAAUUUCCUUAAACACUAAAUGUAGCAAUAUAGUUCUUGGUGUUUUCUUCUGCUUAGAAUGCACAGAUAAAACCAGUCAGAGUUGAGGACCAAAGAAUGAUUUGGUGAUUAUGUUUAUCUUUCAUCACCAUCUCCAUAACACACUAACAUCUUUGUAUUACAGGAUACCUUCAAGUAUAGUUAUCCUCCAUUGGUUGAUGAUGAUUUUCAAACUCCAUUGUGUGAAAAUGGACCCAUGACUGGUGAAGAUGAAGUUGAAACCAAAGAAGAAACAGAUGUAGAUAACAAGGAGAGUCCAGAUUCUAAUGAAGAACAAGCACUUAAUUCAAAAAAGGUAUCCCUGGACUGAAGGUUACAUAGGAAAGAAUGAUACAAACAAGUAUUUUAUGGCAACCCUCCAAACAUUCAGUGUUAAAUUAGUACAGUGAAUAAAGCCUAAAGUGUCAUUGGUUGGUUAUUAUGUUCUUGCUGUCAAGAUCAAGAAACCAGCCCAGAAAAUCAUAGAGUUGGAAGGGACUCUGAGGGUAAUCUAGUCCACCCCCCUGCAAUGCUGAAAUCUCAACUACAGCAUUCCUGACAGAUGGUCAUCCAACCUCUGCUUAAAAACCAGCUCCUGAGGGAGACUGCUCCACUGUCGAACGGCUCUUACUAUCAGAAAGUUCUUCCUUAGUAUCUCAUUUAUUGUAACUUGAAGCCUUACUACCUUCUGGAGCAGGAGAAAACAAGCUUGCUCCAUCUUUCAUGUGACAGCUGUUAGUAAUAACAACAUUAACAACAAUAAUAAAAAAGUUAUAUGCUGCCCGUCUGACUGGGUUACCCCAGCCACUCGGGUGGUGUUCAACAAAUUAAAACACAAUUUAGAUUUACACAGUUUAGAUAUUUGAAGAUUGCGAUCAUAUCUCCUCUUAGUCUCCUCUUAUCCAGGCUAAACAUACCCAUCUCCCUCAACUGUUCCUCAUAAGGUUUGAUUUCCAAACCCUUUAUCAUCUUGGUCAUCUGCCUUUGCACCCAUUCCAGUUCAUCAAUAUCCUCCUUAAAUUGUGGUUCCCAGAACCGGACACAGUAUUUCAGGUGUGAUCUGACCAAGGCAGAAUAGUGUGGUACUAUUAUUAGGUGUAGAAUCUGACAUUUGUCCCUAUUGAAAUUUCUUUUAUUAGUUUGGGCCCAGUUCUCUAUAAUCUGUUAAGGUAAUUUUGAAACCAAAUUCUGCCUUCAGCGGCAUUGGCUACCCCUCCCAGUUUGAUGUCAUCUGCAGAUUUGAUAAGUAUCCUCUCAAUUCCUUUGUUCAAGUUGUUUAUAAAGAUGUUGAACAACAACAGGUUUGGGUCAGAACCCUGCGACACCCCUAAUCAUUUUUUUCCAGGAUGAUCCUUCCCAGUACCCUAAUUCUGUGCCUGUGAAUGUGUUGCUUAGCUGUUAGCAUUAUGCACCAGUUAUCCAGGAAUCCUAAGCAAUCCUUCUGAGAUACCAGGAGACUUUGCCUAGAGGAGACACUUCACACACAAACACACACUUUCCUUAUUUUACCUUAUAUGAGAACUGGAGUUACUUUGUGGAGCAUACACACUCAGCAAAAUUUGCAUGCUUUACAUUUUUGAGUGGUGAACUUUAGAACACUUCAUAAAUGAUUUAAGUGAUAGAAAGUUUAUCAACCUUUUCUUUUCCUGUGCCUUUUGUCUAUAUCUGAGCUUGGAAUGUACAGAGGUAAAUCUCUGCAUUAGAGUAGUUUUGGUCCUGCAACCCUGAACAGAGGAUCUAUAUAAGUUGGAGUUGUUCCUACUUAUUUACUUUAAGCCUUUUUUUCUCCCUAAAGUCCUAACUACUAUCAGAGAUGUCUCAUUUAACCCUUGGUUCGGCAACUAAAGUGGUGUCCAUGUGACAUGGUACUGCCUUGAUAAUAUUUUGUCUCAGUAAUUUGGGCACCUUACUUAUUUGAGAGUGCAUGUUGAAAGUAACACAUUUGGAUCCACUGUACUGCAGUUACAAGUAACAUCUAUGUUCACUUUUUAGAAAGUACUGUGUAUGGGUUACUAUGUUAAAUAUACAUAGGUUUUUUUUCUGUUAGAUGUUCCUUUCCAGUUUUGGGCAUCAUAGUUACCUGAAUGCUCUUACAGUUUUGAAAGCAUGCACUAUAUUCCAUCACACCCCUAGCAUUUAUUUAUUCAUGUUCUUACAUUAAUAGCCCACUUUCAUUCUGUCAUGGACACCAAAGGAAGUGUACAUGUGAAUCCCAGAUGGUCAGUUGCGCAGGCACUGACCAGACCCAGACCAAUUUUCCAACUGCCAGUUACAUAAAAAAAGAAGAAAAUGUUAAGACAAUUCAUUCCAUGUCUUCAAUAUAGUUACUUCAUCAUUCAGUCCUGCCAACUUUUCAUUGAUUUGGUCUGAAGUCUCUAGGUAUUUUCCAUUUCCAUUUCAUAUAUCUGAUUCAUUUUCUUUCCCCGUUUUAUCAAACACCGAUCCUAUCAUUUUCAGUUAUCAACUGUGGAACAAUACCAAGAGUCAUUGGGAAAUCCAGAUGCACUUUUGCCAUACUGGAUGCUUUUGAUGUUUUGGAUAUUAUUAGCAACUCAGUCUACCUUAAUAUUUCCACCUUAAGACAGGCUAUGGAUAUGAUCUCUCACAAUAAAUUCUUCCCUGCAGCUGGAGUAAUGGCUGGUGUACUUUCAGUUCUUUAGUGGCAAGAAACAGAAAAAGGGGUUAAAGAUUUUUCAUACAGGGGAUUCCCUCAUCGGUUUAAUCUUUAUUGCUAACCAUAAAUUAAGCUUUUUGCUCUGCCUUAGACACUUUAACAACUAGUUUUCCUUUGUGUUCUUAACAACAGCAACUUAGAAAUUUUCAGAUUAAAUUUUCACCAGCCGAUAGAGGGAUUUCUCUAAGUUUCGGUUUUGCUUGUCCCAGAAGUGUUUGAGAGGGUUUGGAUCUUUCUAACUAUGGAAGGUGCACAAUGGGCACAAUGUCAGUUUCUCAGCUUGUCAGCUCAUUUUAGCUCCUGUUUAAGCUGCCAGGCAUAGACAGCGGAAAAUGGCCUUGAUCAAAGUAUUUGAGGUUGCUCCCAGAUCACUCUUAUCUUCCAGAGUUAUGAAUAGUCAGACCAUCUGUCUGACUAUUAUCAGUCACCACAUGAUUAUCUUCUGUCAGAGGAGAGCUAACAGAAACAGCCAAAACGCCAUUCCUCUCUGGAGUCCCCAAGUUCGUCAAGAUGUUGGAAUAAUACACAUGUAAACAAAAUUGUUUAAUUUGUAUAGCUGAAAAUUGUGCUUGGAUUUCUGAUAAAUUUCUGAUAAAUGUGAUGGAGUGGGGCAGAAAAUUGGAAGAAGACUAGGAAACCUCAGACACACCAAGGCAUCUUAAGCUUAGUGUAUUCCCAUUUAUCAAAAAUAAAAACAUUAGCUUCAUUAAGUGAAAAACUUUCAAUAUGUAUAAAACUCUGUUUACUUUAUAUCAAACCCAAACAAAAAAUUGUUAAAUGUAGGUUUAGUUAGUGAUAACUUUCAUUUAGUGAAUGAAGCAGAGUCCAUAAUUUGCAGGCAUGUCCUUUUACUUGAUAGUAAAAUAUAAUUGAUUCCUGAAAAGUGUUCCUUGUUUCUGUUUCUCUAGGCAAAUUUUGCAGAACAAACUCCAAAAUCAGAAGAGUGUGAAAAACAAGAUUCCAAAACAAAAAAUGCAAAGAAAGCACUAACCACUUUUAAAGGACCUUUAUUGCACAUCAGGUAUUAGUAAUAAUUUCAUUAAAAAUGUAGUUCUUUCCAUAUUGUAAUAUUGCUGUUCUGUGUCUUGAAAAUUACUUGAAUGUGAAGGGAAAAAUAUUUGAUAUUUUAAGAAUUGUUUCACAUUUGAUUCUGAGGUCUUCUCUGAAGCUCAUGAUGUUUCUUUAUGAAGGACACGGUGGUGUUGAUGAAGUUAGGGUUCUUUUGGCAAAGAGGUUCAGACACCUAGAUUUCUGAUGAAUUUGGAAUAUGUUGGAUACACAUUUUGAGUGUAUUAUAGCUGCCUUUCUCCACCCCUCACAGCAGUAUCCUAUUAUGUAGUCAGUCAGUGUUAGGUAGUUAUAGUGUGGGACUCAAAUACUGUACCUUAAGUGGAGAAAAAUGAGAUCUACAAAAUUGCUCUGAUUUUAAUUAUUACUUUGUUAAUUUGUAUAGUGCAGAAAAGUUUAAAUUGAACUGUAACACCUGUUGAAGUAUAGAUGUUUACUUUUACAUAUGCUGUAACAUAAAGCUUGUAGAAAAUAUCCUGAUGUGUCGUAAGAAUUUGAAAGCAUUUGAAAAUAUGACUGUUCCAUUAGAAGUUUGAAUUCUUACGAAUUUGAAAGCAUUUGAAAAUAUGACUGUUUCAUUAGAAAUUUGAAUUAAAGUUUUUGUUUAUACAAAUCUGGCAUCAAUCUAGAUUUUGGGGAAGCAGUGGGAAAUCUGUAGCAAUUGCAUUAUUGUGAUGUUGAUUACAUCUAAAGUUUGUACCACAUAGGUUUCUGAGCAGGUAAUUGAAGAUAAUUUUGGAACACAAACUUCUAAUAUGGCCUAGGAACAUUCCAACCUAAGAAACAUAAUUCAGAACUUCUAGCAUUUGAUUUUGUCACUAAAAUAAAUUCUUCAUGUGAUUAUAAAUGAAUGAUUGAAAAGUUCAUUACUUCCACUUGUCUUCCAGAAAAGAAAGGAUUAUUUCAUUAUUUCAGCCCAGUUAUGUCAUGUAUAUCACCCAAGCAUUUGAUAUACAUACAUCAACAUUGCAAUCAGGAAUUCCAUAUACUAUAGGCAAGCAAGUGCAUGAAAUUCAUUGUGGCAGUUGAGCAGGUUGGUAGAGGAGUAAUACAGCACUCUGAAACCAAGCAGACUGCUGGAGGAGUGAAACCCCUUCAUCUUCACCUGGCGUAGAAGUGCAGUUUUCCAUACCUUUUCAGCCAGCCAGUCGCCAGCAGGCUAGUAACCUCACUGAUCUAGGUGUCUGUAGGUUCAUAAUGUGUUUGUGGGUAUGGGAGAGGGGGAAUAGAGAUUAUAAUAAAGAUGAAAUGUUCUAACAUUUUUUCCAGAUCUAACAUGUCAUAAUUUGGGCAAAAUAUAUUCCCACAUUUUAAAUUUCAUUUUGCAUUGUGAGUGUUGUUAUACAGAUAAGAUGGUGUGCAUAAUUCAUUAUUGUAAUGCCUAUUUGUUGGGAUCCAAAGAGCCACCUGACUGGUACUGUGCACCAAGCCUGGGGCUUGUGUUUCUCAAGCAGCAGUCCCCUAUGUGUCAAACCUCUUCUAAAGAUGAGGAAAGCUUAGAAAGCAGUUGUGUUACAGAAUGCGAAUCUACUCCUUGCAUGCCUUCAGUGCAUGCAAAAUAGCUCUUUGGGUCCCAGGUACUGAGUUGAGUGUUAAAAGUGCAUAUAUUUCUGCUACAAAAUAAAAUAGUAAGAGCAGACUUUGCCUCAGCAUGUGUAAAACACUUUCGCUUUCUCUUAAAAUGUUGAACUGAUACAGCUAUUUGGAAGUUCCUGCUGGCCAUAAGUGUUGCAGCUCACAAUUUUCAUACGCAAGAUUCUGUCUCGCCCAUCUUCCAUUUAAAAAUUAUAUCCGGUAGUAGGGCUGUGAAAGCGUUUGGAGAGUUGCUGCCAUUCAGAGUAGACAGUACUGAGCUAGAUGGACUAGUGAUGUGAUUUCAUGUCAGGUAACACUACACAUAAAAUAUAUAUAUAACUUACCCAAAAAGAUGACAAACAGUUGUUUUGCCCUUGGCUUGUUGAUGCUUCAUGAUACUUUGUUAAAAUACAUGUGUAUUUUCCCAAACACGUAUUUCUUAAAACUUUGAACACAAAAUGACUCCUGGAUAUGAUGAGUAAAAUAGAAGUAUGAAUUGCUUUUCAAGUGAAAAUCUCACUGAAAGGACUGUUAAAAGUAUUUGACAUUUAGCAGUAUACAUUGAAGGAUUGGGUUAGAGCCUGUUAACUGACAGAUAGUGUGUUCUAAAUAAGCACAAACUUUAUUUUUAAGAGAAUGAAUGAAGUUUGUCAACCUGUAAUGCAAAUGCUUUAAUACAAAUUUGUGAUUUUUCAUUAGUCCAGCAGAAGAACUGCAUUUUGGGUCCAAAGAAACUGGAGAGAAGAAAUGCUUGAUAGUUCUCACAAAUGUGACCAAAAAUACAGUGGCAUUUAAGGUAAAUACUGUGUUUAUGUGGUGAUUAACCUGACUGAAUAGUAACCAUAAUAGCUGAUGAAAUGGUUUUCAGAAGGUAUGCAUAACUUUCUAUGCCAAGCUGACAAAACUGUCAAACCAGGACCAGAUAAAUGGUUUUAAAGGUGGAGUAACUAUAAUUUUUUUAUAUUAUACUGUAUAACUGGAUCUCAUCAAAUGUUUGUCACUUUAAUAUUGCAGUGAAAUGCCAGAUAAUAGCAGUGAAGUAUCAGGAAAGAUACCCCAAGGAAGAACAUGAUAUGCAGUUUAUAAAGCUAAUGUGGAAACGUGUGUAAAACUUACAUGGAAAGAGUGAGAGGAGAUCUUACUCUCCCAUUAUACUAGAACUUGUGGUGUCCUAAUGAAGAAUUAGCAGUACAGUGAGUUGAGAGCAGAAGAGUAUAUUGUUAUCUUUGGCUUAAUUUACAUAAUUCAUUACAGUGAUUGCUUAGAUUACAUUUAAGAAGAACUGGGUGUUAUCGUUGGUUAUUUGUUAUUGAUAAGUGGUACCAAAGGUUAGUGUGAAGUGUUCUUGUUCAGGGUUACUGUCUGGCAUGCUUAUAUCCUGUUUAGUAAACAUGCAGAAGGUUCUCAAGACUCCUGCUGAUUUUGCAUCCUAUACUUCCCUCUUUGCGCUAUUGCGCGCGUGCUCUCUCUCUCUCUCUCUCUCUCUCUCACACACACACUCACACACACACACACAAGUCCUCGUUGCAAACUUUGGGCUUCCCCCAAGCCUGUUGAUACCCCCCCACACACACACUUGGGAGAGUAAAGUUUGGUAUUUUGUAGAAGUUAAAUAGAAGAUUAGUGUUCAGAAGCAAAAUAACACAAAUGGAGAAUACUAAUCAAGUUUUUGUCCUACUGGUAAGUAGGACUUUCUACUUUGUUAAAUAAGAAAACUGGUAGCGUUUAAUACAGUUAUACUUUGUUUAGGUUAGAACAACUGCUCCUGACAAGUACAGAGUGAAGCCAAGUAACAGCAGCUGUGAACCAGGCACAUCACUAGAUAUAAUAGUAUCUCUUCAUGGAGGUAAGUAAAAUCUUUUACACUAUUGUAUGAAUGAAAUAAACAAGUUCUGUAAUGUACAUUACUGGCAGCAAGCUUGGAAUUCUAUGUACAUGUACUAGAACAUAAGCAUUAGUGAAACCAAAUAACUGUUCAGAUUUCAAAUGACUGCUUCUGUCUAGUCCAAAUCUCCCUGUACAACCUUUCACUCAUCCCCAGUAGUGGAGAGAAAAGGCCUGUUUGCAGUCCCUUAUAGGUAGAAUUCCAUAGGCCAAAAUUUGAACAGAACAAACCCUAAUAAAGUUCAUUCCUCAAUCUCUUUACAAAUCUCUAUCAUUACUAGCCUGUUUCUAAAAAUUCUAUUGUUUAUUAUGCUUCCUGUAAAUAUGCAAAAAGUUAGCUACUGCUUAACAAAUAAAUAUACUGUUAAAGAGGCCUCGGAUUCAAGUUGUGUACUAUUUAAAUGACCAUUUUUGCUUAUCAAAACUUUGACAUUUAGGGACAUAUUUCAAAUAAGUAGCAGCCUCACUGAUGUAGCGUAAAGAUAUUUGAGUUAUUUUCUAGAAUGAUUAGGAGAGCACUUGGAUUGACAUUGAUAUAUAUAUAUAUAUAUAUAUAUAUAUCUCAUUUGAUUCUUUUUUGUGUGUAUAUAGUGUAAACAUUAUAUUGAGCCCUGCCCUAGAGAAUUUAAAAAUUCAAAAUAUGCUGGAUCCUAUUAACAUUUAAUUAUUGUUAUUUUUUAUUUAUUCUGGAAUUGGGCUGCAUAUUUAAUGUUGGAUGAAUAAGUAAAAGGUAGUGUAUUCUUUCAAAAGUGUGUGUGUGAGAGGGGGGUGGAGAGGGAGAGAGAGAGAGAGACUAUUAGAAUGUAUACCACCUGUGUUUGAAAAACUACAGCAACUAGAUUUUAGAAGAAUUUAUUUUAGGACAGCUGUGUGAUAGGUAUAUGGUAAAAUAAAUUAAUCCCAAAUUAUUUAUAUGCCCCAUGAAUUUGCUGUAAAUCAGUUUGGGGAUUUUCAUGAACCUACAAUUAGCUUAUGUCCGCCAGCGCUUGUUAUGAGAUCUGAACACUGGUUACAAGAUGCAAUUUGAACCCACAUUCAUGCUUUGGAAAGCAGCCCAAUUUACACCAAUUCAGACACAAAGUCUGAAUCCCACUUUAGAGAAAUUAGUCUUUCUGCCUUUCUCUGCUACUAUUAUGGGGAUUUUUUUUGUUAUUAUUUUUUUUUUUAAAAAAAACCUAUCACCUAUCCACCCACGCCCACUUUUGACCAAAAUGAAUAAAGUUUGCUGAGUAGAUAAAGUCUGCGAAUUACAAGGGGCACCUUGUAGAUUGAGAUUAAGGGGGACACCUAUAAUUAUGAAGGGGUGAAAUUUGUAGUCAUGGAAGCCCCAUUUGAGGGGACAAAUCCAACAAGAUUUCAGAAGGAUGACAGCAGGUUGCUGUCUUGCAGGUACAGCCUUUAUAGUUUUACAUUUUAAUCUCUGAAUUUAUCUUCUACUCUUUCAUAAUUCUUUUGUGAAUUGGCAAAUUUUGUUCAGUGCUUAUAAUUAUUGCAUAUCUUCAGUAACAAACUAGCUUUUUGUAUAUGUAGAUAUAGUCAAGGGUGUGGGGUUUUUUUGCUCGUAGUGUAUAAACUUUUGAAAUACUGCCUAAAUCCAAAGGAAGUAAAAUUGUCAUGUUGAUUAAACAGGUUGUGCAGCUUCCCUGCAAGAUCGUUUUUUGAUUAUGGCAGCAGAAAUGGAGCAGUGUUCUGGAACAGGAACACAAGAACUGGGUCAGUUUUGGAAGGAAGUUCCAAGAAACAAAGUGAUGGAACAUAGGUAAGCAUUUCAUGUUGUUUUGGGGGACAUAUUGAGCUGCCUAUGCAACUGAAAACUAGUGUUCCACAUUGCUUAGUAUCACCUUGGUAGGUAAAAUUUGCCACAGAUGCACCCUUGAUAGGCAUGGUAUAAAAUAAAAAAUGACUUGUUGGUUCCUUCCUUAGGAGUUGCACAGAUACAGCUCUUUGAAAUAUUUACUGCUGGUGUUUAUAAUUACAAGUAUGGUAUAUAUGUAAAAAUGAUUUACGAAGAAAGAGGAAAGUUGCCAGUAACUAACUGCCUGUUCUAGAGUAAAGAGCAGCUUUUAAACAUGAAAAACAAAAAAAGCUACUGGGAGUACAGUAAUGCAGCAUGUGUGGCCAGCUGCAGAACAUGCAUGGCAAGCUUUACCACACACACACAUACACAAAAAAAUAAUAAUCAGAGCCUCUGUCUUGAAAUAAGAGAGAGGAAGAUAGAGGACUCCGCUAGACUGGUAAAGAAAAAGCAAUUUGUAUGUGUGGUGUAACAAUAUGCCACCAGAUGGCGACGUGGAGUCCCGUUUUUCUCUACUUGUUUUCCCUGUUUAAAUUUACAAAGCUUUAAACUGAAAUGCUGCUUUGAUGUGUCUAGAUCCAGCCAGAAUUAUCUCUUGCCCUUCCAAGCCCCCUUCCUUUCCCUUUCAAAUCUAGUACAUGUGCACAGCCGAAGAUGAGAGCCAGUUUCCAAAAUAGUGUUCUCAUCUCUCCUUUUCAGAUUAUAUUCUCCCUAGCACGUCACUCUCAGUGCUUAUGCAAGCUUCCCAAACCAUUACCACUUAUGUUUUGUGCAGGUAAUCUUGUCCUUCUGAUUGCUGGUUCCUCAGCAAUAUGGUUAGGUUUCCUUUUGACUCCAGCACUGUUAUAAUUGACGAUGAUCUUCCCUUUCCUGGUCACUGUGGUGGGCAGGGGCAAGGUAGGGAAGCAGAAACAAAGGCUGCAUCGUUGAACAUAUGAAACAAAUACCAGCAGGGAAUGGAAUCUGUGAAGCAGAAGAGGCUUGGAGAAAGAAAGAAAAAAUAACCAUGUCCUCUUACUAUUGUACUACACUUCACUGUUCUGCUGUUUCUAUUUGUCCCAGGUUAAGAUGUCAUGUUGUGGAAAGCAGCAAACCUUCUUCUUUAACAAUAAAUGAAAAUUCCUUCAAUGUUCCUGCAAAAACGAAUGAAGAUUUACACGUACAGGUAACACUUGUGCAUAUUAAUAUAUAGCUUCCAGCUGGAUCUGUAGGAAUGUGCAGUGCAUUGGGGGCUUUCAAUAUCCUCCUUCCUCCUGUAGCCUUUAGUGCCCUUGAAAACCUGAAGAACUGAAGGUUGGAGACUCCCCUCCAGGGUGACUGUUGCUGUAUUCUAAGGAGCUGCUCUUUAAAAAGCAAUAGAUAGUGGGGAAGUCAGGACAGAAAGAAAUGAAGUAUUUUUUUACAGAACAAUUUUUACAGAAUUAUGUAACUGGCCAUUAGGCCAUGUAGUGGCCACAGUAUCUAAUGUGAGGAACAGAAAUAGUGAUAAAGAAAGUACUAUGAGCUUGGUAUAUGUUGAAUGUAUGGCUAGCACAUAGCAUGCCUUACUUAUAUAGUAGAACAUAGGCAUAUUUUCAGCUAACUGAUAAAAUACGUGUUAGGCAUUAAAAUUGUGUGAUUUAUUUAUUUAUUGUUUACUCCCCCCCCCCCUUUCCAGCUAACACAGUUAUUGCAAGCUAAUAAAAGACUCCGAGAACAGAUUGAUCGUUGCGUCUGGUUCCAGCAAUUGACUCUCUUGUUUAUGUUUCUAUUAUUGGCCAGUACUACCUUUUGUAUCUACUUGUUGUAUGCGCCAAGGAGCUAAGUAGCAAUGCUUUGUACGGUAAGCCCUCUCUGCAAUUCAUUUGGAAAAGGCAAAGAACCAGUACUAUGAAACUGCCAAAAAGGAGAUCUAUAUGAGACUCUCCAGAAACUGUGAAUCACAAGAUUGUGAUCUAUGCCUUUAAUCAACAAGUAGAGUGACUUUGUUGAUAUUUAUUAAAGUACAGGAAGUAAAACAGGAUAUUAAAGGAGUCAUUUUCACUGGGCAACCUAAUAACUGUUACAGAACAAAAGAUGUUUAUGACUUAAUGUAUUUUUACUUUUUCUGUCAUGCAGAAGUAUACAAGAUGUAUCAAAACAAUUUGUGCAUAAAAUGUAUUUCCCUUGAAAUGAAAGUGCAAAUUAGUAACGAUAUAGGAAAGCCUCAUUUAUGCUAUUUGUACAUAAAAGGAAAUGAUACAUAUGCUCAUGCAGUUUGAAAUGGAAGAACUGCAGUCUGGGGGGUGGUGGUCUUUAUUCUUGCUCACUUCCCCCCCUGAAAUUAUUAUAGAUAUUUAAGAUUAUACUAUUUUGCAUUGAAUACCUUGUAGCCAUAAUUGCCUGGAAAUGCCUGCAAUGGUUCCAAAGAGCCAAAAUAAAAGUUAGUUUUUCCAAGAAUGCCAUAGUACAUUACUAUAUACCAUGAUACCUGAAAAAGAAUUGUGCAGGAACACAACUCUCCAUUCUUCAGUGUGUCUUAAUCUACAGAACUAAACUAGCUAGUUCAGGAGUGCAACUAUAUUAUGCCAUGAAAUUUAUUGUCAGUUUCCCACUAGGUUGGUGUUCUCCUGUAAUUCAAGGACAACAAAUAGAACACCAUAAAUUAUUAUUUGUUAUUAAGUUUGGAAUAAUUCCUGUAAUUUCUCAAAUAUGUGUUGUAAAUCACGUGUGAUAUGGGAAAAAAGUAGGAAGACACAGGUAUACAGAGGAAUUGCAAAUAGUGCUUUUUGAAAACCAUUACAAGAAAGCAUUCUAAAAGAUGAAUAAAAACAUUCCCAGUUAAACAUUCCUUUUACAUAACUAUAACAAUGCUAUAUGAAAUUUAAAAGUAAGAGUGCUCAUGUUUUGGUUAACAUUUAAUCUUUUGUAAAUCAGACAAGUUGUAACAAUACAUGGUGCAGUAAGUCAUGUUUGCAGAUGCAGUCCUAAGAUCAGUUCUCAGCGCUUCUUUCUGCUGUAGAAUAAUUUGAAGCAAAAAAUCUAAACCAGCCUGUACUCGCAAUCAGGCACUCAUUGGUUAUGCUCUGGAGCACAUCAUGUGCAGGGACUUCCUCUUUCCUUCUGCGUAUGAGAAGCUCUAUGUGCACAUAGGCACUUUUUGCUACACUCUUCUGCUGUUCCUAUUUUAUGUAAAGGAAAAAAAUCCCUGAGUAGCUGAGCUUCUGCAUAUGCAGUGAUGUUGCUUCACUCCAGUGGCACUAAGCUCUCAUAAUUGAGGCCAUAAUUUAUAUCACAUACUACUUCUUCCACUACAGUGUAUCUCACCUUGAUAAUGCUGCUCACUCUUCUGGGUUCUUGUAUUUUAUUUUUAAUUUAUUAGUAAUAACUUUGUGGGAAAUGCAGUUUACUUUUACAAGUUAAACAAAUUUUCAGCUAUUGGUUUCAGUAGGCUUAAGUAUGUAUAUCUAUUUGACUGUUACCUUAAUGUGUAGAAUUUGGCUAUGUUCAUUUAGCUAAGCUUGAAAUUAGAGAGGAUGACAGCAGAUUUAUUUGGCUUGUUAUAAUAAUUUUAUGAGUCUGCUGGCUUCCUAUAUAGUGCCAUCUUGUUUCAAAUCCCAAACCCUAGGAAGAUGGGUCUCUUGCUACCUACUCAUUUUACUGAAACAUUCACCAAAGGUUUUGAUCACUGAAUUAACUUUUAUAAAAUUGAACAUAUUCUAGACAAUAAUAAUGCAAGAUGAUUUUAGUCAAGCAUUCAGUGAUACAGGUAUGAAAUGCUUUUAUAGAAUUUACCUUUGUGCCCAUGUAUUUGUUCUGUAUUGGCUUACGGUUUCAGCUGAUCAUAAGAAACAUCUUUCUUAUGCAAGUCACUUCAUAUUUCACAAACAAGCCAAAACAAUUUGAUUAAUUGGUCUCUCAUCAGUUGCAUUACCUUCAGUUAAAUUCUAUUGUAGUUCCUCAGCAAGUCAACUGUAAGUACAAAAUAUAGAAUAAUUCUAGUCUCAAAUUAUUAUUUUUUAAAAUGCUUAUCAGUGAGUUGGAUUAGAUUUAAUUUCACUUUGUUAAAUGUUUUCAGAAUAUAUUCAUAAGCAUAUGCCAAUUAAUGCUCUUAAUGUUCUGGUGCUUCAAAUAUUUUCAGUAUUUUAUUACUGUAUUCAUAUUUUCUAUGUAAAAUUGAUCAGAUAGACAAUGUUUUAUAUUUUAAUAUGUUAUAAAUAAAUAACUGCAUUUGUGAAACAAAAAGGGG